AUGGAGAAAUCAUGCUCUUUGCUGGUACACUUUGACAAGGGCACACCGGCACUUGCCAAUGAGAUCAAGAAGGCACUUGAAGGGAAUGAUGUUCCUGCUAAAAUUAAUGCCAUGAAAAACGCAAUUAUGCUUUUGUUGAAGGAAGUUGAAAGUGGCAUUGCAACCAUAAAGCAGUGCCUUGGAGACCUACCCUUUUUGUCAAUUUCAGAAGAAGCGGAGGUCACUGGCUCUUCAAAGAAAUCCCAACGGGCCAACUCCAUUAUUGUUUCAUCUAAAAGGCUAGCCAUCCUUGCUGAUGGGACGUAUGCAACUCAAAAGUGUUGCCUCUGA